AUGGAGCCUCUUUGUGAGUUUUGUGGGGAGGUGAGUGCAGUGGUUUAUUGUAAAUCGGAUUCAGCUAAGCUUUGUUUGCAAUGCGACAGCCGUGUGCACUCUGCGAAUUCGCUGUCCUGUCGCCAUCCUCGUUCGCUAAUUUGUGACAAGUGUAGUUCACAGGCGGCCACGGUGAGAUGUAUUGAGGAUAAGUUAUCGCUUUGCGAGGAUUGUGAUUGGAAUGGAAAUAGUUGUUCAGGUGUUGGUCAUCAUCGUUUAAAGUUGAAUUUCUACACUGGAUGUCCUUCUCUGGCUGAAUUCUCCAAAAUCUGGUCUUCAAUUCUUGAAUCACCGCAGCAAACGACAGGUAGUUUUGGGAGUGCAAUGGCUACAAAUGAGAAUUCUAAUAUGACUGUGCCCUGCCUAAAUGACUUAGCAUCGUGUGUUAAGUUUGGAUCAUGGGCUGUUCCACCACCUCCUCCUCUUCCAUCUACUAAUAAUUCCAACUAUUUAACAGUAUGCAAUAGAGAUCAGAAAUUCUUAUAUGACAGAGAUCAAACUUCCCUUUUCUCUGAAGGAUCAGGCCUGCAAAAGGACUGUGCUAAUAUAACGGAUCUCAGGCUUCCUGAAACUGAUGACCUCUGUGAUAGUCUUGACAUGGAUGAUAUUGGUUUGAGCUUUGAGAGUAGUUAUGAAAUGUUUGGCAAUUCACAAGGUCAGCCAAGAUACAACUACGAAGAUGGAGGAACUGCUAGCCUAUUAAUGGAGAAAAACCUGUCGGUCACUCACUCAAGUAGCACUCAUAUUGAAAGUGCUUUCGAGGCAUCCUCAUCAGGGCAUAUACCUGCUUGUUCAAGAAAUUUAAUGCAGGCAGUGAGUAAUGCGAAUUGCAUGCUUAUGAACUCAGCAGCUGCAUGCAACUUAUCGAGUAUGGGAUUAGGGUUUCCAAAUGGCCAACUUCCUUCAACCAUAUCCCUAUCACUCUCCAAUAUCACUGGAGAGAGCAGUGCUGCUGAUUAUCAGGAUUGUGGACUGUCGCCGGUGUUCCUCAUGGGAGAUAAUUCCCCGUGGGAAUCGAAUUUAGAAGCGAGUUGUCCAAGGGCGAGGGAUAAAGCUAAGAUGAGAUACAAGGAAAAGAAGAAGACACGAAUGUUUGGUAAACAAAUAAGAUAUGAAUCUCGUAAAGCCAGAGCUGAUACAAGAAAGCGAGUGAAAGGUCAUGUGAAGUGGGUGAGCUUUGAAAUUAGAAUCGACCUGGCCCAGGAGAUCAAAGCGUUUUUCUUUGAAGACGUGACUUUGAACCUGUUCUUUCCAUGA